AUGCCAAAAACAAGACUGGAAAGAACACAAGAAAAGAACCUUCAACUUAAUGAAGACUUCAUAAAUGAGAUUAAUCAAACCAAUUCUCAGAACGCAAUGCAAAGAUGGCGUGGAUGGUCGGAUGAACUUUUAAAUUUUCUCUCUUCUCCCAGACAAAUUGGUGAUAUUUUUGCCAGAACAACAAAUUUACCGUAUUUUGCGGAUACGGGCGCAUAUGCUCUUAGCUUUAGUAACACUCCGAAGAACGGUAAGUUUAGACUUAGUCAAGGAAAAGUUCAUGUUGCUGUAGGGUUUGUAGACUUGGACUUACUUUUACAAGCGACAAUUCUGCAAAACAAGGAUUUGGUAGAACAACCAGCCAAAUUCAUAGGUUAUGAAGGAUCCGUUUAG